CCGGAAGGUGAAGAUGAGUUGAAACGGAAGCAACUUAUGGAACUCGCUAUCAUCAAUGGGACCUACCGAUCUGCAACAGAGCAGGCAGCUGCCGCUGCAGCAGCCGCGCAGCUGAAGCAGCCAUUAGCUGCUGCUCUCCGUAAGUAG